AUGUCUCCCCCGAAGUCCUCCUAUUGGAUCCGGUACUCACCUAGCUAUGCCUUCGCUUAUAUCAGGGACGGCAUCGUCGGCUCAUCGCCACCUCUCUUCCUCACUGAGAAGAUCGAGCGUGACACCGAUGUGCCCGAGAUCGCCAAGGCGACGUGCCACCGACGUCGUGCGCGGGUGGCGCGGCCCGGGUGGUGGUUGCAAGCUUUCGUGGAGCUCCACGGGUUCGGACACGAGCUGUCUGGGACUGGAAGAUAUGCUGAUCAAGCCAGACCCCCCAGUCAACCACCCCAAAGAAAUAGGCAUAGUUGUAGGCAGUCCGACAUGGCAGUCCCAGACAGGUCGUGUCUGGGAAAAUGGGAUUCUUACAUCCCAGACACGAUUCAUGGGACUGUCAUAGGACUGCCGAUCAGUUGGGGUGGUGGUUUCGGGGGUCAAUUGAUCGGCAUAUAUUCCAGUCCCAUCGAGUGUUUGGGCAUCUAUGACCCAUGGUUAUGA